AUGGAUGGUAUAAUUUUAAUUGAUAAACCACAAGGCAAAACUUCUCAUCAAGUGGUUCAAACAAUCAAAAAAAAAUUAGGAGUUCAAAAAGUUGGUCAUGCGGGGACUUUAGAUCCUUUAGCAACUGGCUUAUUAAUUAUUUUAGUAAACAAAGCAGCUAAGUUAAGCAACUUUUUUCUCAAUAAAGACAAAACUUAUGAGGUGGAAGUUCAGUUAUUUACAGAAACGGACACUGGUGAUAUUACUGGAAAAAUUACCAAAGAAGAGAAAGUUAAAAAUAUUGAAUUAACCCAAAUUCACCAAGUGAUUUCUUCCUUUAAUAAUACUACUUAUUGGCAAAAACCACCGCUUUUUUCAGCCAUUAAAUUAAAAGGUAAAAAACUUUAUCAAUAUGCUCGUCAAGGUCUAAAAGUAGAAGUCCCUGCUCGGCUGGUAAAAAUUAAUCAUUUAGAAUUGUUGAAUUAUCUUCCCCAACAAGGAAUUCUUAAAUUGUUGGUAAACUGUAGUAAAGGAACUUACAUUCGUAGUCUGGUGAAAGAUAUUGCCGAAAAGUUAGAAACUAUUUCUACUGUUAGCCAAUUACGAAGAACCAACUCCGGCAACUUUAAUUUACAAGAAGCAACUUCUAUAAAAGAAGUGAACCAGGAGAAAAUAAUUUCUUUGGAAAAUUUCCCUUCUAAUACCUCUUUAGCGAAAAUAUUGGAUGCGGAGGAAUUGCUCUUGGCAGACAUACAAAAAAAAACCAGUUAA